CCAGGCAACCUCACUCUACGAACCCAAGUUUCAUGAUUAACAGCUAAACAAAUCCAGCCAUGAUUUGAAUCUCGAGUUCAACACGCAUUUCCAUCAGGGACUUGGGUGUUCUUGAGUUGGCUGAUUUGAGUUUUGGAUCGAGUUGUUGAGGUUUUUAUGGUGAGAAUAUGGAUUGGUUUGGCAGUAAGGUUUCAUUGGGGGGCUUCCCCGAUCUAGCUGGGGCAGUAAACAAGCUCAGCGAGAGUGUGAAGAAUAUUGAGAAGAAUUUUGAUAGUGCUCUUGGGUUUGAAGAGAAGUCUGAUUCCAGCAGCAAUGAAGCUUCAGGAUUGUGGCCGUCAGACAGGAAAACACUAUUUGAUCCAGUUAUGGCUUUUAUGGGUCAAAAAAGUGAUGAAAGUAGUACUGUUGAUUCAUCAGGGAAACCUGAAUCUUCAAAGAAUUCACCAACAGGUGAGGAAAAAGAAGGGGUUGAAACUGAUGAGAUAAUACAUUCGCCUCUUGGGCAAACCACUGAUGAAGAAGAAAAACAGGCACUCAAGAAUGACAAAGAUGAUGAGCAUACUGAGGCCACAGAGAAAGCAGAUACCAUCAUUUCAGACCCUGGCAAAACUGAGGCCACAGAGAAAGCAGAUACUAUCAUUUCAGACCCCGGAAAAACUGAGGCUGAAUCAGAAACUGUGUCUGUUGAGCCUGCUGAAUCUGCUGUUGAGAACAUUGAUGCAUCAGACUCUCACGUCAAUGCUCAACAGAGAGAGAGUUCUGAUGUGGAACCUUCUGAAAAUUCUGAGUCAGUGGAAAUCAAGUCAGGAGACACAGAGUUGGAUGCUAAUUUAACUGUUGUGCCAGCAGAGUUGCAUGAUGUUGUUGAUAUACCUGAAGGUGUGGGUGAACAGAAGACACAAGCAGAAGAAAUCAUGGAGAAAGGCUCACCAAUUCAAUCUGAAGCAUCAGAUGAUAGCCAAGCUAGAGACAGGAUUGAGUUCUCUGGUUCACAUUCUCCUAGCAUUGAGGAGGCUGACAGCUCUAAUGAAGUUUCUUUGCCUAUUGCACAUCCUUCAGAUGAGGCCCCAGGAAUGGUUUCUGAAUCGAUUUCUAGUGAAAAUGACAUGAAGGUUAAAGGAGUUGAUGUAGAUAAGCAAAUUAGGGAUGACAAGAGCUACUAUAAAGAAGAGCAAAGCUUGAGGCUUGGAACCAAUAUGUCUAGCACGGCAGAUUCUGUGCUUGAAUUGGAGAAAGUGAAGAAGGAGAUGAAAAUGAUGGAAUCUGCAUUGCAAGGUGCUGCUAAGCAAGCUCAGGCCAAAGCUGAUGAGAUUGCAAAGUUGAUGAAUGAAAAUGAGCAACUACAAGCUGUGAUUGAGGAUUUGAAGAGAAAAUCCAGUGAUGCAGAAAUUGAAUCUUUGCGAGAAGAGUACCAUCAGAGGGUUGCAACUCUUGAAAGGAAGGUUUAUGCUCUUACUAAAGAAAGGGAUACACUUCGUAGAGAGCAGAACAGAAAAAGUGAUGCAGCUGCUCUUUUGAAGGAAAAAGAUGAAAUAAUUACUCAAAUUAUGGCUGAAGGUGAAGAGCUUUCAAAAAAGCAGGCGGCUCAAGAAUCUCAAAUUAGGAAAUUAAGGGCUCAGAUUAGAGAGCUCGAAGAAGAGAAGAAAGGUCUGAGUACAAAGCUUCAGGUUGAAGAGAACAAAGUAGAGAGUAUCAAAAAGGACAAGACAGCUACGGAGAAGCUGCUGCAAGAAACAAUAGAAAAACACCAAGCAGAACUUGCUGCUCAGAAAGAGUUCUACACAAAUGCUUUGAAUGCAGCCAAGGAGGCUGAAGCUUUAGCAGAGGCACGUGCCAACAAUGAAGCAAGAACUGAAUUAGAGAGUCGUCUAAGAGAAGCUGAAGAACGUGAAGCUAUGCUAGUUCAGACACUUGAAGAAUUAAGGCAAACAUUAACCAGAAAGGAGCAACAGGCAGUCUUUAGAGAGGAUAUGCUUCACAAGGAAUUUGAAGAUCUACAAAAACGCUAUCAAGCAAGUGAGCGUCGUUGUGAGGAAUUGAUUACACAAGUUCCUGAAUCUACAAGGCCUCUGUUAAGGCAGAUUGAGGCUAUGCAGGAAACAAAUGCUAGAAGAGCUGAAGCUUGGGCUGCUGUGGAAAGAUCCUUAAACUCUCGACUUCAGGAAGCAGAGGCCAAAGCUGCAGCUGCUGAAGAAAAGGAAAGAUCUGUAAAUGAACGCUUAUCUCAGACAUUAUCUCGAAUUAAUGUUCUUGAAGCUCAGAUUUCAUGUCUUAGAGCAGAGCAAACACAGAUAAGCAGAUCACUUGAGAAGGAAAGACAAAGAGCAGCUGAAAAUAGGCAGGAGUACCUUGCAGUGAAGGAGGAGGCUGAUACUCUAGAAGGUCGCGUGCACCAGCUUGAAGAAGAAACUAAGGAACUAAGACGGAAACACAAGCAAGAGUUGCAAGAUGCUCUAAUGCGCAGAGAACUUCUAGAGCAGGAAUUAGAAAGGGAGAAGACUGCUCGGUUGGAUUUGGAAAGGACAUCUCGUGUGCAUUCUACUGCUGUAUCUGACCAAGCUCCCCUAGCAAGGCAUAACUCUGCUUUUGAAAAUGGAAACUUGUCCCGGAAGCUCUCAAAUGCUAGCAGCUUAGGAAGUAUGGAGGAAAGCUAUUUUCUGCAAGCAUCUUUAGACUCAUCUGAUAGUUUAUCUGAAAGGAGACAUACUGGAGAAGCAACUAUAAGCCCAUUUUUCAUGAAGAACAUGACACCUAGUGCUUUUGAAGCUGCCCUUCGUCAAAAGGAGGGUGAACUUGCAUCAUACAUGUCACGUUUGGCAUCAAUGGAAUCUAUCCGUGAUUCCCUUGCUGAAGAGUUAGUUAAAAUGACAGCACAGUGUGAAAAGUUGAAGACUGAAGCUGCCCCGUUGCCUGGCAUCCAGGCAGAGCUAGAAGCACUGAGACGGAGGCACUCUGCUGCUCUGGAGCUAAUGGGUGAACGUGAUGAGGAGCUGGAGGAACUUCGUAACGAUAUUGUAGACUUGAAGGAAAUGUACAGAGAGCAAGUGAACUUGCUUGUGAAUAAGAUUCAAAUAUUGAGUUCUUCAAUGGGUAACACCUCAUAAGCAAUCCUUUUACGGCAUUUUCGAUAUAUGAAACCCAUGUUAUAGCUCAUAGUAUGUCAAGUAAAGAUGAUCUGUCAUUCAAAAAUUUUGCUCGUACACUGGUUAGUCGAAGCCUGUACCGUUUGCAAGCGCAUGUAUUUUUAGAAUGUUGUAUAGAAUCAUUACAUGACAAACCCGAUGUUCAUGCAGAUUGAAUAUGAUUCGAGCUUGGUGAUUUGUUUUUGUAAUAAAGAUUUAAUUCUUUU